AUGGCUCAGAAACUCAGUAUUCAUGGAGCAUUGCAGCGCCCUACUAUUUCAAUCAUGUUUGGAGAUGCCACUUCUAAGUCUCCUCUUGGUGUAUUCAAGAACUAUCCUUUGAAAGUGGGAGAAUGUAUUGUCAAAACUGAUCUCACUGUCUUGGAGAUGAAAGAAGAGAAAGAUGUAGCUCUCAUCUUGGGAACUCCUUUCCUUAGUAAAGUUGGCGCCUCAAUUGAUUUUCACAAGCAAGAAGUGAUACUCCACAAGGUGAAUAGUUUGGUCUCAUACCGCUUGCAGCCUAGAGGACCUGAGUAUUGUGGUACAAUUGAAAGCAAUCCUCUAAGAUCCAAGAGUCCUGAAAUUGCUAAGGUUGCGAAGGAAAAGGUUGACAAGGAGGCAAGAGUUGUGCGAGAUAAGAAACCGAGACCUGAAAGGCCAAGAGCUGAUCGCCUUGUUCAUGUGCCUUGUGUGCUUGAUGAAGAGACCCUUCAAGCUUUGUUUGAUGAGCCACUAGGAAUGGCUCAAAAGGAAGGGGAGGAUGCAGCCUCUAAGGGACGACCAGGUGAUAAGAGGAAAGAUCCACCUGUUCAGGCCUCUUCAGUCAAGCCAUCCCAGCUUACAUCUCAGCUCACUAUGACCUUGUUCCCCACCAAGUAUGAAAAUGGGAAGAUUGAGUACAAGAUAAGGUACAAAGGGAGAUCAAGACCUUUCUCUAGAGCCAAAACCUUGGUCACUUCAGAGCAAUCCAGGGAUCCAACCAAGCUAAAGGAGCUUCUGUCUCAAGUCCUCACUAUCACCCUUGAUGGUGGGACUAGCUCAACCAAUGCCUAA